CGGGCGGGGACGGGCCCCCCGCUAUUAGUACAGGACCUCCGCGGGGCCGCCACAGUACCUCCCGCACCAUGCCCGGGCUCCGCACUGCGCCCGGGCCGCCCGCCUUCCUCCUCCUCCUCCUCCUGCUGCUGCUCCCCGCUCCCGUCCCCGCGGACCCCGGCGCCGGGUGGCAACUGAACCCCGGGAGCCGCCGGGCCGCGGCGGCAGCGAGGGUGGCCCUGCAGUACCGCAACUUCAAGGCGGGAUCGCCCGGGGGGCUGCGGGCACUGGGGCAGGUCCGCAAGGCCACCGUAAAGAACAUCCCAGACUUUGGGCACAAGUAUUACCUGCAGUUCAGCACAGAAGACUACAGGACUGGGGAAAACGCCGGGAGCUGCCUGGCCACCGUGUUGUACCCAAGGAAAAAGUCUCCUCCUGUUGUCAGCAUCAAGUGCUCACACACCAAAGACCAGAAUGAAAUCCAGGAAGAGGACAACAGACUCUACCAAAGAAUCAGGCAGCAAACCAAACCAAUAACUGGGAGCAAUAUUCCAGACAGCUAUGGCAACAUUGAGCCUGCCCUGGAGCCAGCCUGGGCUCUGGCUGUCGCUGGCAGCAGCUCCUUCAUGUGGGAAAAGUCCACAGAGGACGUGGGAUACUUCCUGGCACAAGUGAAGUCGGUGAAGCAGUGGAUGAGGAAAGAUGAUUUUGUUGAGUUCGACUACACUGUCCUGCUCCACGAAAUGCCAACACAGGAGAUGAUUUCCUGCCACAUGCGCCUCACGUGGCUCCCUGGGCGGCCUCUGAAAGUGAAACACUUCUGUGCCUCCGAGACCCACGGGCUGAAGGAGGGAUCUGGGCUGGGAUCGGGAUCAGCUGCUGGCCUUUCAGAGGAAAGGGGGGACAACUUCUGAGGGAGAGUGUCAGAAUCCCUGGAUUCAGGGAGAAAAUCCUUGUGCUACCAGAGCUGGAGCCGGCAUCGGGUUUCCACACAAGUCAGUGAUCGGGAUGCUUUCACUACUCUGUUCUGUGCCAAAAUUAUUUCCUGUCACUUCUCAAACUGCAAGACUCAACUUCUAGAGAGUUCUACCUAAAGCCUUUGCUACUGCACAUAUACACAGAUGAACAUACACAGGUUGAUUUUAUGUCACUAAUUAACUGUUACGUAGAGUUUGUAAACAAAGUUAAUAUAUUUGGGUAAAAAAUCUCCAGGAAAGUAUUAAUCUGUCAGUAAGAAAUAUCUGCCUACUAAUUUUUUGGGUCAUUUUUCGGGAUGGAAUCAUGCUGGUUUUCAACUCACCUCUCCAAUAAACCAAAUACCAUCACUCA